AUGGUGAAGACUGCCUCAAAUAUGAUUAGUAAGAUGUCACCUGAAGAACUUCAAAGAAUGGUACAAAUGGCUUCCUCUUUUGAAGGGGAAAACCCACAUUUGAAGAGAAGUUCCAUAGGCUCUAAUUUUGACAGCUUUAGUCCUGGUUCGGUUCCACCAGAUGUGACACCUGACAUGCUUCAACCGCAACUGAUAUGAUGAGUAAGAUGUCACCGGAAGAACUUCAGAAAAUGUUUGAAAUUACAUCAUCGCUGAAAGAAAAAGUUUCAGGAUCUGCAGCAGCAGCUUCUUUGCACUCUAAUGGGCCAAAAGCGUUAGAAACUCAGGGAAAUUUUGUAGUUAAUGGAGAUAGUUUUGUUGAAAGUAAUUCUCAAGGAUUUUUGAAUUCAAGAAGUGCUCCUCAGUCAAGCUUGCCAAGAUCAAGUUCUGAUCUGCAAGAAAAAUUGAGUAACGAAAUGAAAGAUCCAGCCAUGCAGCAGGUGUUCUUGUCAAUGAUUAAAAAUAUGAGCCCCGACAUGAUGGCAAACAUGAGCGAACAAUUUGGAUUUAAGCUUUUGCGGGAGGAUGCGGAAAAAGCUCAACAAGUCAUGUCACCAGGCGACUUGGAUAGAAUGAUGAAAUGGGCCGACAGGAUUCAACGAAGACUCGAAGUUGCAAGACAGAAUUGGCUGCUGGGUAGAGCUGGCAUGAUAUUGGCAGUAUGUAUGCUAAUUUUAGCAGUCAUCCACUGGCUGGGCUUCAUUGGCCGUUAAGACGGGGAGCCAUCAUGGUCAAGCAAAUGCAACAGCAUUAAGCAAAAUCCUGUAACUGACCGAUGGGGGUAAUCCUCAAACUCAUCAGAGCAAGGAGCGGCAUGGCAUGCAAGUUGAAGGUUUCAUGAAGUGGAAGAGGGUGGAAUCUGGUACUGGAAUUGCACGGAAUCUUGUUCUGUGGGUGAAAGUUCACAUCAACAAAUUUUCUUAUUUAUUUAUUUAUUAUUUUAGUUUUACUCCUAAUUAAUUGUUUGAUUAGUUGAUUUCUUCAUGCCCCUUUUGUAAGUCUGCUAGGGGGAUCAGAAUGCUUAAAGAAACUUCACAGGGAGGAUGGUGAAUUGCACAUUCAGGUUGAAAGAAUCAUCCAUUUGGAUGCAAAUAAUGAUCUCGUGAUAAUAAAUGGGUUGUCACUCUGUUCUGCUCA